AUGAAGUCAGAACUCAUCCUCGCGCUUUGUACCGCGUUGCCACUUGUUGCCGCCCUUGGUCAGAAACCCGUCAUCUCUUUUCAAGGCUCAGACGGAGACUUGCAAAUAGCUGGAGGUCCCAUUUCCGCCGGUCAAAUCCUGGUCUCAGAUAAUGACUACUGGGGCGUCAUCCGAGCAGCUGGGGACCUGGCUGCCGAUUUUGGCAGGGUCACAGGCACGAACUACACACUGAGCACUGGUACCAGGGCCUCAAACUCUACGUUUGGAAAUGGCACCAGCAGUGCUUCCGCUGCCUUGUACUCGUUUAAUCCGGUGAACAACCAGAACAACACAGUCUAUUCCACCACUGCGCCUGAACAUUUUACGGGACCAAGCUACGCUGAUCCAGAUCUGCCAUCUGUGGUAGUUAUUGCUGGAACCAUUGGUAGCAGUACUCUGAUAGACGCCCUCGUCUCGUCAGGCGCGAUAGACGUGUCGGAAAUCGAAGGACAAUGGGAGUCCUUCACGUCUCAGCUGGUAUCAAGCCCAACCGACGGCGUAUCCCAAGCUCUGGUCAUCGCAGGCAGCGAUCCUCGGGGUACCAUAUAUGGGCUUUACGACGUUUCCGAACAGAUCGGUGUGUCCCCGUGGUACUUCUGGGCCGACACGCCCGUGCGACAGAACACAGACAUCUUUGUCCCUGGCAACCUGACCAAGGUUCAGGGUUCGCCCUCAGUGAAGUACCGUGGCAUCUUUCUGAACGACGAGCAACCAGGCCUCACGAACUGGGUUGCGACCAACUUCGACGACGCUGAGAAUGGCGCAGCGGGAUACGGUCCGGAGUUCUAUGCUCACGUCCUCGAGCUCAUCCUCCGCCUGAGAGCAAAUUAUCUGUGGCCGACCGUGUGGGCAUCGAUGUACGAGGUUGACUUUCCGCAGAAUCAGCCACUUGCGGACGCAUAUGAGGUCGUUCUUGGGAGCUCACACACUGAGCCGUUGAUGCGAGCACAGAACGAGUUCCAGAACUUUUACCCCGGUGCUUGGGCCUACAAUCUCAACAAUGCUACCAUCGACGAGUACUUCCGCUAUGGCGUGCAGCGUGCCAAGCCGUAUGCCCGGAACUCGCUCUUCACGAUGGGAAUGCGUGGUACGGGUGACACAGCUAUUGAAGGCCUGGGCGUGGACAAGAUCGUCUCAAUGCUAGAGACGCUGGUGCAUAAUCAGCAGGAGAUCAUCAGUGAAGGUCUCGAUGGGGUGAACAUUUCCACAGUGCCGCAAAUGUGGUGCCUGUACAAGGAGGUGCAGACUUACAUAUUCGAUGGCCUGCAGGUCCCCGAUGAUAUCACGCUGCUGUGGGCGGACGAUAACUGGGGAAACAUCAGGCGUUUCCCGCUUGCGAAUGAGACCGGCCGAGCUGGUGGUGCCGGAGUGUACUACCACUUCGACUAUGUUGGUGACCCAAGAAACUACAAGUGGAUCAACACGGCGCAGUUGGCCAAGACCGCGGAGCAGUUGCACAUGGCUUACUCACGUGGCGCUGAUCGCAUCUGGAUCGUGAACGUUGGUGAUCUGAAGCCCGUUGAGAUCCCAAUCAGCCACUUCUUGGACAUGGCCUACGACGCGGAGACCUGGAAUGUCGACAGCGUCGCGGACUGGUCCACGGCUUGGGCAGCGCGAGAGUUUGGCCCUGAAAUGGCGGCAAAUAUUUCAUCCUUGAUGAUUCAGUACGGAAUGAUGGCGAACCGCCGCAAGUUCGAGCUGAUCGAGCCAGAGUCGUACAGUGUCAUCAACUACAACGAGGGCGAUGCCGUGCUCGCGGAGUGGGCUGCGCUCCAGUCCCAGGCUGAGACUGUGUAUGAUUCUCUAGACGAAGCUACACAACCGUCGUUCUUCCAGAUGGUGCUUCAUCCGAUUACAGGAGGAAAUAUUGUCAACCAGAUAUACAUCCAGUCAGCGAAGAAUAUGCUUUACGCUGGCCAGAAGCGCAACUCGGCCAACCCCAAGAUGACGGAGGUCUUCGAUCUCAGUGCUGCUGAUUCAGACUUGACCGAUAGGUGGGAUGAGAUGCUGGACGGGAAGUGGGCACAUAUACUUGACCAAACGCAUCUUGGCUAUGACGGAUACUGGCAGCAGCCCAUGCGAAAUUCGCUGCCCGCCAUGAGCUACGUUCAGACGCAACGUGUCUCACUCGCUGGACACGUCGGCAUCGGCGUCGAGGGCUCCAACGCAACAGUCCAAGGCGACGACAAGUACCACACAAACAGCGGCAAUAGCCUUGCUGUGCCCCCGCUGGAACCUUAUGGGCCUGCCACUCGAUACUUCGAGGUCUUCUCCCGCGGCACAGAAAGCUGCACGUGGACUGCAUCGCCUUGGGUCCCAUAUGUGAAGCUCUCUCAAGACACUGGCGUCGUCGGUCCUGACGGUGGCGACACCCGAGUGUACAUCACGGUUGAUUGGGCCAACGCCCCUGCUGCGCCGAACGUCACGACGGUGAAUAUCAAUGUCACGAACUCAUGCCGCUCGCUUGACAAGUAUGGAUACAAGAAUCCUAUCAUCCAAGUGCCGGUGUACAGUCGUCUACCCCCCUCGAACUUCUCGGAAGGUUUCAUCGAAUCUGAUGGGCACGUCGCCAUCGAGGGGCCGAACUACCAAGCCGUCGUCCCAGGUACUGGCUCAGCAACCACGAUUAACGGUUCCGCCGCCGAGAACGUCACCUACCACACAUUCAGCGGCAUCAGUCGCACUGGCGACGGUGUGGGCCUCGUACCCCAGGACCUGGAAAAGCUCUCCACCGAUGCUGCUCCCGCGCUGGAGUACCAAAUGUACCUCUUCAGCAACUCGUCUAAGGCCAACGUCACAGUCUGGAUAUCGCCAUCACACAAUUACCUUGGUGAUGGCACGCCGCUACAAUACGCCAUCGACUUGUCUCCAGCAGGCUCGUCUUCGCCGACGAACUUGACAGUCGUCACGCCCGUUGGUCCCACUAUUGGGCAGAACCUACCGGCAGGCUGGGGAUAUGCUGUGGCGGAUGGUGUCUGGGGCAAAACGGGCAACUACACCACCAGCUCCUUCAACGUGCCGCAAGAGGGCGCUUAUACCUUGCGUGUCUGGGCUUUAAUGCCUAGUAUUAUUGUGCAAAAGGUAGUCGUUGACCUGGGAGGGGUGAGGCCCAGUUACCUUGGUCCCCCGCAAAGCUUCCUGUUGGGAAGCGAUGAGCUGGGGACAUAUAAUGGUACCACUGUGUUCUCAGUCAACCCCCAUACCCAUAUCCCCUCCCUGACUUGGCCCAUGGCAUUUAUACGGAGCCUAUCUGCAAAUGCACCAGCCUUCCACGCAAACAACCUCUUAUCCGUCAACAGCGCUUUACGCGUGCUUGGAAUAUCGAGUCCUCGUCCAGUCGCAACCACACGGCAAUAUCAUCACAAUAUUAAGGACUCAUCUAUCGCAAUGGCCCACGACGCGACGAAAGAAUCACACGUGGACCCAGGCGAAUUGUCCCCACGGUCCUCGCCAGCGACAGUGCGUGCUGUCCAGCCCGCCAUCGCGACCAGUUUUCCUCGAUUCGCGUCGCUGCCUGAGGAAAUCCGUCGCCUCAUUUGGCAACAUGCUUGCCUUCCGAUUAAGAUGCACUUCCUACGCUUCCCAAACCACUGCUCUCUACCAGGUGUUGGCCAGUUGACAAAUCCAGCCGAUGCACCAAGCUUCAGCUAUGACGGUGUACGCGAUGAUCUCGCAAUUCUCAUCAGGAACUCUGAAAAUUACCAGAACAAGUGGGGAAUUCCAGGAUCUCGCAAGUUUCGAAGGUUUUUCUGGCGGCGCGAUUUGAAUUUAAUCAGCGCUGUUUGCCCAGAGGCUCGCGAUGCUUAUCUCAAUCUAGUCAAUCAGAAUCGACUGGAGCUCAAGAAAGGAGCCGUUGUCAAUGAAUCUCGAGAUAUCUUCCACUUCUCUUCUCACAAUUACCAAAAACACGAGACUAUGUUCCUCCUGACUAUGAGACCGCGAAUAUCUCCAAUCAAUAUCGCCAUCGAUGUCGGCAUUGGUGUCCCAGAUGCCAACAUCACCCUUGCCGAAGCGGGCAGCGAAACGCAUAGCGACCUGCCGCGGUGGCUUUCAAAGGCUAUUGAGUGGGGCCGGGAGGCAAAAGAGGGCUAUAACAAUAGUCCUGCAACCAGCUUGACCCCGUCGAUUGAUGACCUGGGAAUCAACCUGGAGAACCUGCGAACUAUUUUCCUACUCGACCAUGGUAUCAAGCUUCGACACCACCCCCAAGACGAUGGCGAUGACUACGUCCCGCCUGGUCGAAAGUCAAUCGGCAGAACAAUUACGUCCAGUCCAACGCCUUUGGUUCAUCAGUACAAUAUCCUCGCUCAUGGUAUGGAGGGCCGGUUCUACGGACUCAGCCCAGAAAGGGAGGAUGUCAUGAAGAACUGGGAUGUGCCAGCAUAUGUAUGGCCCAUAUUGGAGAAGAUCAAGAAGAUUGUCGGAACGUCUGAUGACUGGAAGGAGAACUUCGGAAAGUGGAAGAGCAGCGGUGAGAGAAAUUGUCAAGGCAAAUUCUGUCUGAACCGAAAUACUGGCAAGACGCAACCAAGCUCAGCUGAUGACAAUCGACUUGUCUAA